GCUGAGACCUGUUCACUCGUCCAUCAUGGCCACGAAGAUUGUGAUAUUGGCUCUGGCCGCCCUCGCCGUCUUGUGCCUCGUGGACGACGCCCAUGCCGCCGUCACUCACCGCCACGCCCUCCAUCCCGCCCACCGCCAAUAUCUCUCCCCAUACUACCACCAUUACCCUUACCGCCACUACUACGCCACCCCAUCCCCACGCACUUCACCCCCACCCUUACGCCCUCCACCCUCACCGCCACGCCCACGCCACCAGCUACGUCCACGUCAACCUCGGGGCGCCGGUGGAGGAGGCAGCCGAGGAGGAGGUGGAGGCGCAGGAGUCCUAGAUACUGGAGCGAGGAUCAGAUCUCGGAUGCUGCUGCUGCGGAGUCCAAGUAGAAGCUGCAGUCACAGGUCCAGCUCAUGUGACUGUAACUGCAGUGCUGACUGGCGUCUCCGAAGGACAGCAGGAAGGAGAUCAGGACAGGGAGGGAGAGGAUGGAGCGUCUGCGAGGUUCGGACGCCCAUCUUGCCCUCCACAGCAGCGACCUUCUUUACUGUGAACACUGGAGACUUGAAUAAAAUAAAAUAUAAAGAUAACCAAUUUCUUGAAAUAACAAUCAAAAAGAAAAACAAGAUAUCAAGAGAAAUUCGAAUCAUGUAUGAGUACUUUGGCAUCGACUGCUCUCAAAUGUGGAAUUUACGGCAACGAAUGACUGAAGUCGGAGAUCCGGAAUGGGUGAACGGCCAGAGAGGAAGCGUUGUGGCGGGAACAGAAAAUGUGGGCGGAGCCAAAGGGAAUGUGGACAGCAUAAAAGCGGAGGGAAGUUGA